AUGGUCUACAUUGAUGACCUGUUGAUAAAUGCCGUGCCCACCGUGAUGGACACGUUCUGCGGUUGGGUAGCUUCCAGAUGGGAAUGUGAUAGUUUGGACGUCUUGGAAGAGGACCACCCCAUCAGGUUCUUGGGCAUGGAGUUUCAUCUCGUUGUCAAUGGGGUGGAGCUUGCUCAGGAAGGGUUUGUACGUGAACUACUACGAUCCCACGGACAUGAUGGCUCUAAGUCAAAGACUCCAGGUACCAAGGAAACUAUGGUGUUAACCCUUGGGGAGGAGGAGGCGAUGAUCCUGGCGCAGCCCGUGGACUUGAGCGGAAAAGAAGAUCAAGUUAAGGCGGCCCAAAGGGUCGUCGGGGAGCUUCUCUGGUUGACAGGCCGCACACGUCCUGAUCUUCAAUAUAUUACGGCAUUGCUUUCGUCGAGCAUUACCAGAUGCCCAGAGAUUGUCAACCAGGUUGCGAACCGAGUCCUAAACUACCUUCACGAGACCCUCCAUUACAGGAUCCGGUUUUCCAACAAUGAAGAAUCCCUGGAUGCCAUCCACGGCUUCACCGAUUCCAGCUUCGCUCCCAGUUCAGGCCGUAGCCAUGGAGCAGCCGCCGUGUUCUACAACAACAAUCCGAUAGCGUGGAGGGUGGACGGUACCAUACUGGGUUGCUCUACCAAGACUCUCCUUGAGGAGUUGAGUGGCAAGCCUUUAUCUCUUUACCUUCACAUUGACAACCAAUCGGCUGAGAAGAUCCACCAGAAGGAGCUCCAAGUUGUUUUUGAGCCUGGAAUCACCCAAAGGGCAGACUUAGGGACAAAGCCACUCCCUAAAGAGCGGUUGUCACAGCUUUUGCGACUUUGGAAUGUUGUUGGUCGCCGACCAGAUAUGCAACCUACGAUCCGGGCGGUUACAACGAAUAAUUCCUGGUUGAUGAAGUUGUUGAUGCUUUGCCAAGUUUGCGGAGCUCGCUCAGAAACCGGUCAGUUGCAGACUGAGAUUCCCUGGGAUCUAUACGUGGUUGUGUUGGUGAUUGCAAUUGUGGUCAUCUUCCUCUGGGAGACUUCGAAGAAAUGUAUUCGGGGAAGUGAUGUGAGACUGCGGGCUUUGAGGGCGAGAGCUGGCUAUGGCAAGAUAUCAAGGAGUGAGCUUAAAGAGCUUCAACGGCUCCUAGCUCUUGACCCGAGCGACCCAACGGACGCUCAGGGCGUAAGACUCCUCUACCUUCGGGACCUGUUCGAGACUACAAUGCCCUCCAAUACCUCUCCGGUUCCUACAGAGUCCAAAAGGACUAUCAACUGCGACCGGAACCAAUCCCGGAAGUCAGAGUCGAGACCUUUGCGGGCCCAUAUCACCAUGUACCGGGAACAGAUGCUCUUCACAUUCAUGGAAAUUGCUGGGGAUUGCGAAACACUGGCAGGGCCCAAGCUCUUCGACUCUGCAGGUGUUGCGUUGAGAAUGGUGGACGCAGCAUCUACAAUAGGUGAGUCACAGGACUUCAUCCAUGUCGGGCAGAAAAUGAGGGGUGAUGCAUAG